AUGGAUUCUCAGUCUAAUAAGAAAUAGACAAACAAGGCCAACUAUGACAAUCCUUAGUAUGUCAAGUUGGUCGACAACCCUAAUCCCUAAGGAAGACCUUCUCUAAAUAGGAAUACCUCCUCUCAUGAUAGAAAUCUUUCAAGUAGUCCAUCAUUUAAGCAAGCACUCUAUGAUUCGGACAUGUAGUUCUUUGAGAAUAUGAUGAAGAGCUAUUAAGAUGAGCUUGCUGUCUCUCUAAUAAUGAGGCGGAAAAAUAUUAGAAAAUAAGACCCACUUGAAGAGAUGUCUGAGCUAUUUGGAGAGAUCAAGACAAUGGAAACUAAAUUCAGAAAAGCCCUUGAAGUUUGUGCUUUCAUCAUUGACAAAAAUAAAGAGCUCUAUGAAGACAAUAUAUUAUUGCAUCAAGAUCUUGAGAAAUAGAUGUAGAGAUAGACCCUUGUUGAAGAUCAGAAUUAAUCACUUUUCCAAGAAAACAGACAGUUAAAUGAUUAAGCUUUAUCAACAAAAGCUCAUGUUAGUGAGUUAGAAUCUAUUAUAAAUGAUUUGAAGAUUGAAGUAGAUCAGAAAAACAUGUUCUUGGAAGAAUAUGAGAAGAAUAUGGACAACAGCAGGACUACAGAAAGAUAUACUAUGAAUAACAAUGCUUUGAUUUCUGCAUAGGAUCUGUAAGAACUUAAAAAUUAAUUAGCAGAUAAGUCGAAAAAACUUAAAGAAUAUGAUUAAAUCUUAGAACAGUAGAGUAUUAAAUAUGAGAUGGAGCUAAAGAAAUGCAAUAUGCUUAUUAAUGAAAAUAGAAAGCUCAAGGAAACAAAUAAAGAGCUAAACUUUUAGAUCGAUGAUCUGCAAGAAAUGAUUGAAGAAAGGGAACAUGAGUUAGAUGAAUUUUAAUUAACAAUAAAACAAUUAGAAACUGAGAUUGAGAAUAAUAAGUUUGCUUAAAAAUAAAAAACUGCAUUCUCUAAGCCAAAUUAAAUUACUAAUCCCUUAGCACAAAUCUAAAAAACCCUAACUAGAAAUAAAUCUAAGCAUGAGUAUGAAAUUAAAAAAUCCAGUCCUUUAAAUAUGGAAGUCAUUAAGAAAAAACAGAAAUCUACAUUUGUUAUUGAUACUACUAAACCUUUAGUUAAAUAGCAAAGUAGGGUUCAAUAAACUCAUAAAUAGUAGGCCCAUUAGCCUAAAGCAUAAAAUAAAAUUGUUAAGCAAACUCACGUUAUAAAGAAAACAGAGUUCUUUUAAGAAUCAACAGAGCCUGAGUAGAAGUAAAAUUUCAUAAGAGUUAAGUCAUAGAUGGAGGAUUUUAGAUAAGUUCGACAUUUCCGAAAAGGAUCAUGCCCUCUCGUUAUUGUGGAUAAGAAUAGUAAAAAGUUCUAGAUUUACGAUAGGUAAUUUAUCAGAGAGGGGCAGGUAAAAACUCAAGAGACUAAGAAUCUUUUUGAAUUGAAGGGUAGCAAGACUCCAGACCAGAAGGCAUAAGAUGAUAAAAAAGUUGCUCCUCCUCCAGAGUUCUAUCCUUUCAAUGAUCUGGAUAAAGUUAUUGAAGAAGCUUAAGUUAAGCUUAGAUUGCCUUCUUCAUUAAGAUUCUAGACUGAAUACGUUUAAAAAAUAGGAUAGCAUUUCCAAGAUAUACUGAACAGAUAGCAAGUUAUGAACCUAAGAGUAUCAGAAAGAGAUGAAUAUGAAUAAGAUGAUGAAGAUGUUUAAGAUGGUAAUGAAGAUUCAGAAGAGAAUGAUGUUAUUGAUGAAGAAAUGACAAAUUAAGAUUAAAUGCCUCAUUAUAGAGAGACUUUUAGACCUGUAAGUAUCUUAGAUAGGGGUCUAGAUCUUAAUGAAGAUGAUUUUAUUUACGAUCAAAUAAAUGGUAGGGGUACUUUAAACGUUGACGAUAUCGGGUAUUUAGCUGGCACCAGGAAAAACAGUAGGGAAGAAAUUAACUUUGAAAGUUUUAAUGACAGAUAAGGAAGUAUGAUGAUCGAUGGAGUAAUGGACAACAUGGAUAGAUAUAGCCCUGAUCCAUACUCUAGAGAAAGUAUGUACAGCAAAAAAGGAAUUAAAGCUAAGACUACCUUAAACACAAUUAAAAACGGUUAAUCUAUGUAUGAUAAAAGAAAGAAUUAGAAUUAGCUAGAGAUUAAGCCAAAUCAAAUAAAUGAAGUAGAAGAUGAAGAUGACAAUGAAAGUCUCUCUAAAAGAAACAGAUCAUUAUUUAAAAAAGUAGGUCUUUCUAUUAUCACGGAUGAGAGUCCUGGACUUCAAGAGAAGUCACCUUAAAAAGAGUUGAUUAAAGAUACUCUUCCGAUGGACACUCCAAGCUUCCAUGAUAAAGCUAAAAUUGAUAACAAAAAUGCUUUCAUUGAAGCAUCAUCAGGAUCGAAAUAAUUCAAACCAAGGUCAAAAGAAGAGGAAAAGAAGUUUGGCUCACAUUAGAAAAAAGCUACUGAUUCGACAACAAUAGGUGUUUCAAAUGUCAAUUACCAAAGCCCUCAUGCUUAGGUAACAUAAGAUGAAAUAGCAGCAAUUAACGAUUCAAGAUCAAAUGCAUAAUAUCAAAGCAUAGUUAGUGGCUCUCAAUCGAUUGGGAAUAUUUACUCUCACAGUCAUUAUAACUCAUAAGUAUUCCAGACAGAUUAAUUAGGUGUUGUAUAAUCUCAUCAUUUAAGAGGUUUUUCUUCCAAUCCCCCUCCAAAGGAUGAUGAGAGCUCAUCUCCAUCAAAGAACUAGGUUGAUUUAGGUAGUAGACAGGCAGCUGAGUCCUUAGGGGGUAGAGCCUCAAAUAGUGGUGGUAGUGGUUUGAAGUCUCCAACUUAAUAGUCUAGAAAGGAUCCUAAUGAGGAAUUCUUUAUGAUGACUCUAUUGAGUUAUAAACUAAAUCACAAGGAAUAUGAGAAAAUCUUAAUUGUAUGA